GCCUCGAGGGGCGCGCUCCCGUCGCGGCCUCUGCGCGCGCGCCGUGCGCGCACCUGCGGCAAUGCAGCUGCGCCCGCGGGGGCCGAUCGUCUGAGCGGCUCCCGGGGGGGGGCGGAGGGAGCUCUCGCGUUCGCGCCAAUGCGCCCAGCGGCCGCCCUGGUGCUGCUCGUGGCCGCCGUGGCAGGGCGGGCGCUCGGGGUGCGCCGCGUGCGAGAGAAGCCCAGCGCGACUUCGCAGGUGGUGGAGGCACUGGGCAGCCGCCGGGCCGAGGCCGCGGGCCGCGGGGCACCCAUCGUGCUCGGCCCCGUCGACGUGGCCGCCCCGCCGCCCGCGCACCGCGCCCUGGAGGCUCGGGAGCUCCGCGUCCUGGAGUCUCCGGAGGAGGUGUGGGAGCUCCUCUCCGGGAAGCGGGUGCUCCACGUCAAGGGCUUCGGCAGCGGCUUCGGGGACCCCCCCGAGGAGCAGAUGGGUGUGCAGAAGCAGCAGAGCGAUAGUGCCGUCCAGGCCAUCAAGCGAUUCUGCCCAGACUACCUUGUGGUCGACGGCGAUCCCUGGGGCAGCGGUUUCCAACGGUACAUUAAAGCUUAUGCGCAAAAGCAAGCUUCCGACGGGCUGGAGGUGCCAGAGCUUCUGUGGGUGAAGAACGUGAGCGGGAGCUCACCCUCCCCUGAAGAGCGCAAGAAACGCUUGGGUCAAGCCCGCGAGUGGGCUGACCAGGGACUCCCCGUGGUUGUCUCGUGGCUGCCGGAGGCGACCAUAUCGGAAGGCGUGGACAGGCUGUUCGGGGAGGGUUGUUGGGAGAAGUUGCAGGUGCAUAAAUACGAUUUCAGAGGUGCUGUGCGGCUGUUAGAUGCUGCCGAGCCCGACAGGCCCGAGUGGCUCCGCGGGCUGACGGGCACCGCGCCUGGGCGCGAAAUACACUUGGCCAUCCAGGUCGUGGAGAGCAGGGCAUCCAUGCGGCACUUUGAGAAGUGCAGCUUCGAGAACGCCGCGAAAGGCAACGCGAUCUACCAGCACCUUCGGGGUGAGGGCCGCGAGCCGGCUGCGCAGGGAGCUGUGAGCUUCGGGGGCGGCGAGAGCGUGCUGCUGGAGUUUGCGACCCUUUACCUCUUCCCUGGAUCUGGCUUCGACGCAGGCCAGGCCGCGCUCUUGCCCUUCAGCCGCGGCCGGCUCAGUGAUCCCGCUCUACCUGCGCACGAGGGACGCGCCUUCAAGUCGGAGGAUCAGCUGCGCGUGGAGGAGGAGGCGAGGCAGGUGGUCCACGCUUACUACGCGGCAAUCGACAAGCGCAAACUCGCCGAGAUGCUGGCCUGCGUGUCCGACGACGUGACCGUGACUUUUCAAGAAUCGCAUCGGAACUGGAGCGGCAGGGAGGCCGCCGAGCAGAAGUUUGGGGCGUGGCUCUCCAGUGGGAGCAUCACCGCAGAGGACCUGAGUCUGGGGGUGGCGGUCGAGAGGUGCCAGGCCUGCGGGAGCGCGCCCAAAGCGACAGCGGUGCGCGUCGAGCUGACGUGCGACUUCGGACAGGGCCCGCGCCGCAUGGGCUAUCAAGUGGUGCGGGGCAAGAUCGUCAGUAUCGACCACCUGCCAACGUGA